AUGGCCCCGUGCUCCGGAGCUCAUAAUGUGCAGAACCGGGGGACCAAGCCGCAUGAGCUCCCCCUUCCCCUUCCCACACCAGGAGGUAGUAAUGCCAUGCGGAGCAACACGAGGCACUUCCCAUCGUCCCAGAGCCCUGCUGAGUUGGCAGCGCCAGGCUCUCCCAGCGAAGGCCCCACCGCAUCGACCACCCACGGCGGCGUCAGUGCUGCCGCCACCUGA